UGAGGUAAGAACAGCUUGUCUGUUUUCCAUAAAACGUCUUAAAAAGAGGCAUUCCCAACACCGAGAAGCGCCGCUCGAAUCGCAAGUAGCCUUUAGGUUACCAUUAGUAAAUGUUCGUUUGUUUUCGGGAGCGAAAGCGCCGUUAAAGAAGAUGAUUUUUGUCGCUAGUCGGCUCUUCGUCCAUGUCCUCGGACGCUGGUAGUCCCACCCAAAAUGGAGCCCGUCUUCCUUGUUCUGCACUCGCCUUGAAGGGCUGGGCUCGACAAACUAGCAUGGGGGACGGGUGGGUCGAAUGAAAAAAUGCAUUUAUAUACUGCUUUAUGUCACGUCUGGUUAACAAUGCCAGAGUGUAGUCGACGACGCGGAGAACGAGAUGCCAUCCGUUCCCCACAUGUCGGCCUUCCAGUGGCACUAAAAGGCCGAAAUGCUAACACCGAACGCGUGCAAUUGUACUGCGUUCAAAUUUGUGGUAUGGUCCGGUUGGGACCGACAACCUGUGGGGUUAAAGCGGGGGGUAAACCUCGUUCAUCGAUUAGGUUAGUUUAAUUGUUAAAUUUGGCAACGACGUCGUAUUUUUAUCCUCACGCAGAGUCGCAGUUGUUCCCACACGCGUUUGCAUUGGGGCACAGGUUCCCACGACGGCCUCUCCGGCAAACCUUAGCCGACAUUAGUGUGCUUUACCCCCGCUUCGAGUGUGCAGAGUGAACACUGCGUGUGUAUGAUGGAGCACGCUGCCGCUUGCUUUUGCAUACUGCGGUGACCGCCGACCACCUCGAGGCCGGAGAGCUGUGUUGCCAUGGAAACAAAGCCAGAACCUGCCACAGCGUGGCCUGAGUCCACGAACACGGAUUCAACUGAGGCCACACAGGUUCAUUUCGAAGGUGGCGCAGUGGCCCAGAUAGUGUACAGCGGAGACGGUGGCGAUCAGGCAGAGCGCGGACAGCAGCAACAGGUGGUCUACACGGCCGACGGCAGCUCGUACACCUCGGUGGAGUCGGCCGAGCACACGCUGGUCUACAUUCACCCCGCGGAUGGAACCCAGGCCGUGUUUGCAGAUCAACCUCAAGUUGCGUAUAUCCAGCAAGACGGCACGACUCAGCAGGUGGCGGUGUUGCUGCCAAGUGGCCAGAACAUGAACGCCGCCAGUCUACACGUCCUCAGCAAUGUGGCCGAUGCACCGCAGGCCACCCUGGAACCGGCCUCCCAGGAGCAACUGUCAGUAUCCAACUCUCUAGCCUCUCUGGCCGACAUGGCCGACCCCCCAUCCAGCCCACUCGGGGCCAUGGAUACCACGGACGAGUCUGACGAAGACAACGACGACGAGGAUUCCGACAUAGACGACUGGGAGCCCCGUCAGCGCUUCAACCCGCACCACCUCUGGUGUGAGGAGUGCAACAACACCAACCCCUCGGAGUGUCUGAACCAUGGGCCCCUUCACCCUAUCCCCAACCGGCCAGUGAUGUCCCGGGCCCGCGCCAGUCUCCCUCAGGUCCUCUACAUCGACCGCUUCCUCGGCGGGGUCUUCUCCAAGAGGCGCAUCCCCAAGCGCACCCAGUUUGGCCCGGUGGAUGGCCCCCUGGUACCCCAGAGCGAGCUGCAGGACAACUACAUUCACCUGAAACUUUGCGUGCUGGACACCCAGAAAGACAGUGCGAAAUCCGAGGACACGUGGCUGGACCUGUCUGAUGAGGACAACUGCAACUGGAUGAUGUUCGUGCGGCCCGCCCAGAACCACCUGGAGCAAAACCUGGUGGCGUACCAAUAUGGUGCCGAGAUCUUCUACACCACCAUCAAGAACAUCGAGCCCAAGCAGGAGCUCAAGGUGUGGUAUGCAGCCUCGUACGCAGAGUUUGUCAAUCAGAAGCUUCACAGUGUCACAGAAGAAGAGAGAAAAGUUCUGCGGGAGCAAGAGAAGAACUGGCCGUGCUACGAGUGCAGCCGCCGCUUCGUGAGCUCAGAACAACUCCAGCAGCACCUCAACCUGCACGACAACAUGAUCUACUCUGUUAGCAGGUCCAGAGGGCGUGGCCGAGCCAGAGGCAGGAAGCGAUUCGGGACGGGGAGGAGACCGGGGCGGCCGCCAAAAUUCAUACGUUUGGAUACGCCAGUUGAAGAUGAAACGGAAAAGAUGACGGAGAUGCUGGAGCUGGCUGAGGCGCAACCACUGGACGAGCCGACGGAGGCGCCUCACAACGGCGUGGAGAUGACCGCGUCCGAGACGGACGCCGAGGCAGAUGGCCAAACGGCGUCCCCGGCGGCGGAGCCGUCCGCCGCCCAGCCCCCCAGAGUGGACGCGGCGCCCGCAACCAUGGAGGAGCCCGCGCAGAACGACCAAUCCGACGCUCAGCUGUCCACUCCGGAUGUGCGACGCCUGAAAAAGAUGCGGAAUGCGGCACUGCAGCAUCACUUCAUCCGCAAGAGCUUCCGUCCCUUUAAGUGCAAACACUGCGACAAGGCCUUCCGUGACAAAGACAAGCUGGAGCAGCACCUGCGCGUGCACGGCCGCGACACCUUUGUCUUCCCGUGCCACCUGUGCAGCAAAACCUUCGUGACGGACACGGCGCUGGACGACCACCUGCUGGUGCACACCGAGAACCGCUCGUACGCGUGUCUGCUCUGCGCCGAGGCCUUCGACAGGCUCGACGCGCUCCGGGACCACAUCGAGAUGCACGCCGUCGACGGCAUCUUCACCUGCCCGUCCUGCAAGAAGACCUUUCCCGACUUCAUCCAGGUGAAGAAGCACAUCCGCUGCUUCCAUUCAGAGAAAAUCUUCCAGUGCCCCAACUGUGACAAGGCUUUCUGUCGCCCCGACAAGUUGCGCUUGCACAUGCUACGCCACUCCGAUCGCAGGGACUUCCUGUGCUCCACGUGCGGCAAGCAGUUCAAGAGGAAAGAUAAGCUGCGCGAGCACAUGCAGCGAAUGCACAAUCCCGAACGGGAGGCCAAGAAAGCCGAACGCAUCCAGCGCUCCAAAAGCCACAAAAUGAAGACGCCCACCACCGACUUUGAGAGCUUCAUGUUCAAAUGCAGACUGUGCAUGAUGGGAUUCCGGCGCAGAGGGAUGCUGGUCAAUCAUUUGUCCAAGCGGCACCCUGAGAUGCGUGUGAACGACGUCCCCGAGUUGACGCUGCCCAUCAUCAAGCCCAACAGGGACUACUUCUGCCAGUAUUGUGACAAGGUAUACAAGAGCGCCAGCAAGAGGAAGUCGCAUAUCCUGAAGAACCACCCGGGGGCGGAGCUGCCGCCCAGCAUCCGCAAGCUGCGUCCGGCCGCUCCCGGCGAGCCCGACCCCAUGCUGACCACGCACACGCAGCUGGCCGGCACCAUCGCCUUCGCGCCCGUCUGCUGCCCGCACUGUGCCAAGCAGUACAGCAGCAAGACCAAGAUGGUGCAGCACAUCCGGAAGAAGCACCCCGAGUUUGCUCAGCUGGCCAACACCAUUCAAGCUCCCCUGGCAACUGCCGUCAUCAGCAGCACGCCUGCCGUCAUCAGCACCGACGGCGCCACCGCAGAGGCUGUUGUGACCACUGACCUGUUAACGCAGGCCAUGACGGAGCUCUCCCAGACGCUGACUACCGACUACAGAACACCACAGGGAGACUACCAGAGGAUCCAGUACAUCCCCGUGUCGCAGGCUGGAAGCACCCUGUCCCAGCCGCAGCACAUUCAGCUGCAGGUGGUCCAGGUGGCGCCGGCUUCUUCCACGCACUCGCAGCAGCAGACGGUGGACGUGGGCCAACUGCACGACCCGCACGGCUACAGCCAGCACUCCAUCCAGGUGCAGCACAUCCAGGUCACCGAGCCCUCUGCCUCUGGGCAAGUUGUCACUCAGGUGACGACGGGUCAGCCGCUGAGCCCCAACUCCCAACAGACCAAUCAGGAGCCAAGUCCUCCCCAGCUGACCCCUGUGACGCUGGCUCCGAACCAAGGCCUUCAGGACAGUGGUACUCCUCAGCAGCAACAACAACAACAGCAGCAGGAGCAGCAGGAACAGCAGCAGCAGGGAGCGGUGCAGCAUGCCUACAUACCUGGAAACUGGAACUACAGAGGCUACCCAGCCUCCGAGAUCCAAAUGAUGACGCUGCCCCAUGCCCAGUACGUCAUCGCUGAAACCGCCACGCCGGUGACUGGAGCCAACAGCAACCAGGUGAAAACGACGCACUACGUCAUCUCUGAAGGUCAGACGGAGCUGGACGCCAAACCUUCGGGUCCCGUCAGCUCGGGUCCAAACCCUGGCGAACACUUGGAGCAAGCCACCACGCAGUACAUCAUCACCACCACUACCAAUGGGAGCGGCGCCAGCGAGGUCCACAUCACCAAACCCUAAAACCUCCUGAACUUUGACCCCGUCGUUUCUAGUCCACUCCCACUGGAAGCACGCGGACUAAUUACAGAUGAAGACUCGCUGAAUUGACAGUAGAAGACAAAA